AUGUCUCAAUCUUCAGCAUCAUCGUCAUCUAAAUCUGCAGAGGAAGAUGUCUCUGCAUCAAGCAGCGAAGCACUAGAAGAAGUGAAUGGCCACAUCAAAGACGUUUUUGAAAUCUUAAAACGCGAGACGAUGAAAGUUCGCAAGGAAAUGGAGGCUUUCGAUUCGGUGGCAAAGAAACUCAAACACGUUCAUUUCUCUAAAACGUUAAAGCUCAAUGUUGGCGGCCAAUUAUUUUCCACGAGCCUGGAAACUAUGAAGAAAGAUCCAGGUAACAUAUUUUAUUGUAUAUUUGGAUCAAGUCUUAUAUUUGGAUCAAGUCUUCUCAUCCUUUUUCACACUAAGUAUCCAAUCCAAAUGCAAAUGGCUCAGCAACUUUGUCGCCGAUUGUAGAAUAAUACAGCAUUCCAAACCGCAUAGUGCGUAACGCAAAUUUUCGGUACUGACUCUUGCAAGGAGAAAACGUUUCAGUUACACCUUUUGCUGUUCAUUACGAGAAAAUACGCAUUCAUUUGCGUAAAACGGUGACCAAGAGCGCGAAGAUACAUUCAUUAGCGCGAAAAAGCGAACAUGUGCGAAUAAAUCAGAUUCAAUAACGAUUUUUGCAUUUUAAUUAACAUUCGAUAACAUCUUUGGACAUUCAUUUGCGUCAUUGGGCAUACAAAAGAGAAAAAAUAUACUUUCAUUAACGCCAACAUUCGAGUCAUUAACAUUAUCUUGAAAAUCAUCAGGGACAAUAGACAAAGAGGGUGUAUAAAAUGCGAGCCAGCGAGUCAUGCGAGCCAUGCAGUCCAUUGAAGAAUCAUUGAAAAAAACACCAUAAAAAUCGAAAACAGUAAUACGCAAAAAACAUUAACUGAACGCUAACCGUUGUAAAUAAGUGUUUUACCCUAAACAACCGGAACCCUAGCCCUAAAAUGAGGGUGCUAAUGGGGGUACCCAAUGAUAAUUUUUUCGGCCAAAUAUCAGUUAACUGCUAUUUUUUUGGUUAAUUCUCAGUUAACUACUAAUUUUGGUUAGCUAUAUUUUUUACAGCGAAUAUUAUUCCAUCAUUACCCGAAUUUUUCUUCCUUCAGCUGUCAAUCACUUUUGGGGGUAGGCCAUGCUAAAAUCAAGGUAUAAAUUUACAUGAACUCUGCCACUAGCACAAUUUAUUAAAACAAAACUGAAUGCAGGGCUUGCACUACGGCAAAAGGGCUGAUUUAAUAUAGGCCAAUAUUUUGGCUGACAAAAUGAUUAUGAUUUUACAAUAAAAAUAGAAAUAGAAACAGUUCAAUGUUCAUUCCUUCGGUUCAGACCGUCUGGUGACAGAGUUUUGCCUCUGUCUAUGAGGUACGCUUCUUUUUGUAUAAUCAUUUACCUGUAUAUUAUUCCAUCUAGUAUUAAUAAUUGUGGUUAAUUAUUAACCGCUUAUGUAAAUUUUAAAUUCAAAUUUUAGGAGCCGUUAAAAGAUAUUUUCUCUCGGUGUAGCUCUGGCCCUGAGGAAGGCUAAUUUUGUUAGCCGAAAUAUUGGCCUAUAAUAAAUCAGCCCUUUGCCGUAGUGCCAGCCCUGACUUUAGUUUUGUUUUAUUUCCCACUUUAAGUGACGUCUGGCUACAGCACCUGUUUGAUUAGAGAUCCGGCAAGAGGAACAAGUCAGUUAUAUUUACGCGUUGCGUAGACCUCUGCUUUUAAACAGUUUUAACAAUUUAUUAGUAACUGAAAAUUUAUGUCGUAUAACUUAAUCAGUAUACACCAGCCUCAUAGAUCCAGACGCACCAGUCAUGACCUCGUAUUGAUCUUACCGCUCUACUUCAAUAAACUACUUCAAAGUCACCUUUUUCGGCACUUUCAUUAUCUGAACGGAAUCAGUAAGUGCACGUAUCUUGGUUGCUGUAUGUCCAGUGUCUUGAUGUAUGUAUGUCCUGGUAUCUUGUUGGCCUAAGUUUCAAUCCAUUUUUAAUGGCUUGCAAUCCUCUGCAACAGACGACGAGAAACAUUAUCAGUGCCAUAAUAUAGUCUCAAAGAAGAAAACUUGACUAUUAUUUUUGGAAUUCAAUCAGUGAAUUCAAUCACUGUUUGCACAGAUGGGAGAUCGAGACAUAGUUGAGAGUGCCGACAAAGGCAUGAAAGUAUUUGACAUGGGACAAUUCGACUUUUCGUGAGUGUAGCCCACUUUGUACUCGUAGUUCUUUUAAGCGAUUCCAACUAUGGUUUCAAAGUCUUGGGCGUAGCUCAAAGCACUAAAUGUUUUGUGUUGAAGUGAGAAAUCUCGUUUAGGCUGUCCACCUGCGUUGUCAGAAGUUGUUUCUACCUCGAUACAGAUUUUGUCGCGACAGUCUUUCGCGUCCCUCAAUGUAACCUUUUUGGCAGACGUACCAUUUUCGCGUAUUUCAAAAGCCUCACAAUAAGAUAUCCAAGGGUUUCAAGAAAUGAAACUGCCGAAACUGUUUCAGAGAGACAAAGCUCGUGUUGAAACCGGCUUUUCUAUUAAAAAAGUCUCAAUAGCUAGAACUCCAAUAUCAGUUACAAAAACUAUUUCUCGUAAGUACAAAUUCCAUGUACUUAAAGAAAGAUUGCUGAUUUCUUGAACCCUCAGAAAUUCUUUUAGGCCAGAUCCAAUUCUAAGAGUCACAGCUUUUUUAAUUGGCUAGUAAUGUUUAACUUGACGAUCUUUUGAGUCCGUGAAAACAGUAUUUUCCUUUUCGAACACAGAAAUCUUGUUAAUAUCAAAAGAUGAAUUGUAUGUUGAGUUUUCUACAACCAGCUCUUUAAAUUGACUGACGCUUUCUCUUUGUUGGGUACUGCCCUGGUGCCUUUUACAAAUAGUCAGGAUCAGUUAAUGUGCAACCGGAUCAUCAGCGGGACAGAAAAAUGUCAGGAAAUAGCGUUUCUGUUUGCAAAACUUUGUUGCUUUCAUUAACAUUAAUAUAAUAUCACUUAUCUAUUAACUUUUCAUUUAUCAGUUAACUACUAUAUUUUUGGCCAAUUAUCAGUUAACUACUAUUUUUUUGGUCAAAUAUCAGUUAACUGUUAACCCCAUUCGCACCCUCUAAAAUGAGAGGUUAACCCUAAUCCGUAAAAUGAAAGCUUAACCCUAGUCAGUACUAUGAGAGCUUAACCCUAAUCAGUAUAAUGAGUGCUCAACUCCUCAUCUGUAAAUUUGCAGUUUUUACUUGUGUUUCCUUUUUUUUUUUACUGAUGCCUCGCGUGACCCGCAUCUCGCUGGCCCGCAGUUUGUCAAGGCCCAUAGACAAACAUUUAAGUGCAAAUGCUAUUCAUUAACAUUUUUAUGACACUGUUUGCAAUUCAAUAGCAUUCUUGGACAGCUUUAGAAUGGAUAAGACAAACAUAAAUGCGCUUGUACAAUCAAUUGAGCGUUCUUUACAUUUAAUAUACAAAAAUAUAUUUUCAAUUAAACAACACCAAUUCCCAACCCCCUCCCAAAAAAAAAAUUGGCCUAAAUUUGUUUAAAGAAUCACACCGUACUUCGCCACCGUGUUCGUCGACGGCUGCGGCUAUACAUUUACCCAUGACGGCCAGAAGUCAUGGUGGGGCGCGACAGGAGUAGAGGGCGUACCGCCAAGUGUGCGGCCAACGAGGACGAAACUUGACUAUGACCAUGGCAAUAUUACCUAUCAAAUGUUUUCCUUGGCAGCUGCUGGAGUAAAGAAUACUGUGUCGGAUUUUCGGUGACUUUCUGGCACGGGCGAGGAAAAAAUGGAUCCCGAUAAGUCGGUGGUCCUUGCGUAUGACGGGGUGCCAGCCCACCUAGAUUUGGCCAUUCCCGCCGCAUACGUACACAGCUUAUGCUUCCCCCCUCGACAUCGUUGAAAAGGAGUUAAGUUGUCUGAAAGCAAAAUCAAAGGCCGACAUCUGAGUCCGGAAAUUUAAAGAUGUAUAACAGGAAUGGAGGUAAAGCCCUAGCAAUCCCACUAGCGGAGUUCGGAAACAACAAUUGCAGAUCUGCGCAGAAACAUGACAUUGUGACUGCAGCUAAAUGUGUUAAGGGGUACCAUUUCAUGCAAACCUACCUCUCCAAAUGUUUAAAUAGCGAGGUUUUUGAGGGAUAUACAUUUAACGGACUGAAAUUCAGGCCAAAUUUGUUUGAAUUUCUAUUGUUUAAUUAAAAACCCGAUUUUUGUACAUUAAAUGUAAAGAACACUCAGUUGAUUGUACAAGUGCAUUAAUGUUUGUCUUAUCCAUCCUAAGGUUGUCCAGGAAUGCUGUUGAAUUGCAAAAAGUGUCAUAAAAAUGAGGGGCACCCAACGAGUAUCUUGUUCAAAACCACUUAGCAUAGGAUUGUUGAACGUAUUUUAGUAUUUAAACAGUAGAUAUAGGCAUAUUUUUAUCCCCUAAAAACUUUUCAUCUGUUCGGAUUUCCUAGCUGAAAGUCUAGUGAUCCGAAAAUUAUAGGGAUAAAAACUUACCUUUUCGAAAAUUUCAGCCAGGAAAAGGCUCCCGAAAAUUCUAGGUGGCCUUUUUUAGGGUCAAAAUCCGUUAAAAAUGGGUAAUAAUACCAUUUUGUAGAUGUUCGAAAAUCCUAGGAGAGGCAGGCAAGCAAGAAAUUUUACAACAAAUGUUCCGAAAAUUCUAGAUUUCAAAUCGUCUUCCGAACAGAUAUUUUCCGAAAAUUGCCGUUGGGUGCCCCUGAAAAAUGUUAAUGAAUAGUGUUUUCACUUUAAUGUGUGACAGUUGUCCCUAUUGACUUUCAAGAUGGUGUUAAUGACUUUGAUGUUGGCGUUAAUGAAAGUAUAUUUUUCUCUUUUGAAUGCCCAACGACGCAUAUGAAUGCCCAGAAGUGGUAUUGAUUGUUGAUUGAAAUGCAAAAAUCGCAAUUGAAUCUGAUUUAUGUGCAAAUGUUCGUAUUUUCGCGCUAAUGAAUGUAUCUUCGCACUAUUGGUCGCCGUUUCACGCAAAUGAUUGCGUAUUUUCUCGUAAAAAAGAUAUUUUACAAAAACAAAUCUUUUAUGAUAAAAGAUUUUUUUUGUAAAAUAUCUUUUUAGCUUUGAGAAUCAUACAGGCAGGCCUCACCAAUACCUUAGCCUUGCCCAAUAAAAUUUGAUGAUGCCUGAUUCUCAACUUGACGACACGUAUAUAAUAUACAUUCAUGAACGCUAUACAAAGUGUGAAUCGAUAAGAUACAAAAUCUGUAGCUAUGUAUAGACUGAGAUGAUUCGUGUGGCUUAAAAUUACAUUACAGUAAUCACCGAUUUUUCUCCUUUUAUUCAGGUUCAAUGCUUCACGCCAUGUUUUCCGGUAGAUUUGAUUCAAAGCCCGCUGAAGACGGUUCGUACUUCAUUGAUCGCGAUGGAACUCACUUCCGGUAUAUCUUGAACUACCUUCGAACAGGACAGCUUGUUGUUCCAGAAGACAAGAUCGUUCGUAAAGAGUUGUUAACUGAAGCUGAGUUUUACCAAGUCCAAGGAAUCAUUGAUGAGCUCAAAGCCAGCCCCUUUGAAGAUUCCACUAUUUUGUCCACAGAGCACCGCCAAACGUUGACCAAUUGGUUGAAACACACGCUGACAAGUGCUGGCCACACCUACUCCCUGAUAUAUCGCGCCUCUCGUAAUGGCUGGGCAGCCUCCAACUUUCACUCUUUCUGCGAUCGCAAGGGACCAACUGUGGUGGUUGUCAAAAGUGGGAAUUAUAUCUUUGGAGGCUACACAGAGCAACACUGGGAAUGUAAGUGGCAUAGUGGAACUCACAGCUCUUUAAAAGAAAAGCGACAGGGUUAAAAUUUGUGACUGAUUGGUUUGAUAUAGCAGGGCGGUUAGUAAGGUAAUUCAAAUUGCUGGGUGUAUGCAGUUAACAAAUGUCCUACCAUCCCAAUCUUGUCUAGUCUGAAAUGUCACACGUCUCCACCCCCUAACCCAUGGGGGCACAGGGGAGAGAGAUGUCUGAAUUCUGAGCAUUAUAGAGUUGUCUGGUGACAUCACCUACUUUUGCAAAUAUGGCAGGUUUUUUUUUUGACUGGCUAUUGCAUGUAAGUUUCUGAAAACCAACCCUUUUAUUAUUGGCUCAACAGGCUUAGGAAAACAUCCAGUUUGAAAAAGUGUUGACAGGCUAAUGGCCUCUUCACUAAGUAAAGACUCAACCAUAGUGGCAUCUGAUGAGGAAUGCUUUAAUUCCAAAACUGCAGUCUCGCUUUAGGCACUUGUAACAAAAAAUUCACACCAGUACAGUCAAAUAAACUAUUAUGCUAAAACAAAAUCAAUCGACAACAGAGGAACUGUAGGACAUUGCACUCCAGUCUGAAGACUCACUUCUCUCAAGAAAAACAAAAUGGAUUGUACCAGCGCCUAAGAAAUGAUAUUGACUGGCUCUCAGCACAAUUCUCCUUAGUUGGUGUUGCUUUGGUUUAUGCUACAAUAUUCAGAUCUGAAGUUCACUUACCAUGAGAAUACAACAUCCUGCAAACUACACUUAAGGUCACUUUAAAAGAGCUCGGUCAAGUGUCAAAACAUAGCAGGAAAUCAUCACAUUGACAGACCAAAAAAACUACACACAUACAGCUUUUCAGGUACUUCAGAGAAAACCAAAUUGAUAAAAAUCUUUUUUGAAAGGUUAUUUAGUUUAAGGUUUCAACAAAGGUCAUAGAAAAUCAUAGAAAAUCAAUAAUUACUCAAUAUGUAUGAAUCAGACCAGCUUCAUGACCUCUAAAUAUUAGACUCAGAGCAGCAAGAUUUGCUCGAUUUGAGCAGGCAAUGAUCUGAUUGGUGGAAUAAAUUGACACUAGCAAACUCAGGUGUCCAGCCCUCUGUUCAGGGGAGGGGCAUGGGCUCAUUUUCUGAACAGUGGCUGGUAUUUAUUGAGCCUACUAUGACAAUCUUUUGAUGAAAAUAAUAGGAAGAACCUUGAAAAAAGAAAACCUUGGUAUAACAAAUGGUAUUCUUUUUUUGUUUUAUAUUUUUAUUUAUAAUUUUAUUCAUUUAUUUUUUUAUAUUAAGAGUAAACUAUAUACUACUUAUUAACCGAGAGUGAGGUCAUUACAGGGAAAUCUCAGACCGAGGCCUUGAUGUAAUGACUGAGCAAUAGCGAAGUCAAUACAUCAAGGCUGAGGUAUGAGAUUUUGCCGUAAUGACCGAACGGACGAGGUUAAUAAGUUAUCUAUUAGAAUACCUUUUCAUUAUGGACCUGAGCCUGUUAUCAAUUAAAACCAAAAACUGGUCAGUGGAUAACUUUAAAACACAUCACCUCAAUGAGUUGUUGCACUUUAGCCUGCGAUACAGUCAGGUGACACUGGUCAGCCGAUACCCCUUUUUGACAGCUGUCAAUUGACCAUAACAUGGAUGUUCAUAAGAAUGUCCACUAUUAAGUUAUGCCUUGGACACCUAGAAUAGCUAUGCCCAGUCAUUACAAGAAAACAGCCAAUAAGAGCAUGCAUACUAUUAAUAAAGAAGAUCCUCAAUAUAAUGAAACCUUGUUACGCCCAGUCAGUGAGGAUCAGUAAUUUAUUGAUUUUUGCUGGGGAUUAAGCUUUUUUCGUAUUAUUAGGGUCUCUACAAUAGCGAGGUGUGCACAAGGUAAAGGGUAAUAAUAAUAAUUAUCUAUCACACAGAGUUCUCUUAGUCUACAAGAUUGAAAGCUUCUUACUAUUUCUACCAUAGUGACCAUAAUACUCUUCUAUUAUGUGGACACUUGGCCCUCUAACUUUGGAAUCUUGAUUAUGGGGGAUUUUGCUUUACUCCAAACUGUCUUCCGUACAAUUGUUAAAGUACAUAUGACGAAAAUAUUUUUAAGAAUCAAGUCAUUUUUUAUCUGACCGUUUCCUUUGCUGUUAGGAUUUCUGUGUUAAAGACUGUCAAACCUCUUUAUUAUAGAUACUAAAGGGACAAAAUCAGACAAGUGUCUGUACUGGAGAGAUUAGGAACUGUUUGAAGUUUGAUAGUGUUGGGACCAUGCAGGCCCCAGUUAUUCAAAAGGUGGAUAGCACCUAUCCGGUGGAUAAUUCUCUAUCCAGUGGAAAGUGCAAUUGGUUUUCCAAUACUUCUCUGUUGGAUAGUGAUCUAUCCGGUGGAUAGCUCUAUCCAACGUUUGAACAACUGGGGCCAGAACUAUAUCCAUGAUAGGGAAGUGUCCAAAUUAUAGACUGAAGUGUCUGUUAGGAGGGGUUUGACUGUAGUAAUUUGACCAGAGAUAUUAUAUAGAUACUGGUAACUCAUGUGGUUUAAAUGUCCAGGGGGGGAGGGUGAGGGGUAGACAGCUGCACUUUGGAUGUUGACGUAGCAUAUGCUGCCUGGUUCUUUAAACCUUCACACUUAUCCAGACAAAAAGACAACAUUUUCUACACCCAUAUAGGACCUGCUUCCAGUUUAUCAACUCAAGGCAUCCUAAGUUAAUACCUUUUGCGUAGGUGUGGUGGUUUAAUUUCAUCCUUGGUCUCAAUUUUAUUUUCCUUUGUUUCAAAGUCAGUAUCAUACAUUACCAUACCCAAAAACAAAGGAAAAUAAGAUUUAAACCAAGGAUAAAAUUGAACCACAACGUUGGUAUUAAUUGUUUGUUCACAAAUUCCCCAUUGUUAUGAGCCAUUUAGUUGUUGAGAUAUAUCUUAUAAGAAGAACUGUGUCUGAAUCUGGGGUCUAAGCCUCUUCAAUUCUUCAAUGGCACCGGCUUCUACACCAUGUUCUUAUAAGGAAAUGUGGGUCUGCCUGUCAGUGGUUUUUCUGAAGCAGAAAUCCCACACUAAUAUACCCAAUGGUAUUUUUUGUAACCUCUCUUUCUCUGUUUUUGCCUUAAAAUAAAGAGGGGAAUAAUUUUGUUGACUUUCUCAGACCAAAUACCAGACCAAAAUGGUCGAAACAGUAAGCUCAUGAUUAUAAAAAAAAUGGCUUAAAAACUAUACCAGCACAUCAAUAUACAGUUGAACCUCUCUGAAGCGGCCACCUUGGGGGCAGAAGAAAGUGGCCGCCUUGGAGAGGUGGCUGUUGUGGAGAAGUUGAAACGAGAGUGAAUGUAUGGACUGUCCGCCAAACAAAAAUAGCCGUUUUAAAGAGGUGGGCGUUAGUAGAGGAUCGACUGUAAAUUUUAUAGGCUUGCCAGCCCCAGGUCACUUUAUCAACGCACACGUUUUUUUUUUGUUUUUUUUUUCCAGCUAUUCCUAAUGGUGCCUACAGAACAGAUCCAAACUCCUUCCUUUUCAGCUUGUUGAAUCCCAGUGGUCUACAGCCUACAAAGAUGUCUACUAUUCCCGGAAAGGAGGGUUCUGCCGUUCAUUGCCACAGUAGCUGCGGGCCUAGAUUUGGAGCUGGAAUCGAUCUUAGCAUUCCUAACGGGCCUAAUUCUAAUAAUUGCUCAGUUAACUUAAACAACACAUAUCAGCUGCCUCCUGGACAGAAUAACACCUUCCUAACUGGAAACCACAAUUUUACUCUAGCCGAAAUGGAAGUCUUUAAGUUUGAAAAGUAA